CGCUCUUGCGCGCUGCGUUUUUCCCCUCCCAUUUUCGUCACGUGUGUGUUGUGUGAGUCACUCACUGCUCAAGUGAACGGAAACAACAAAAAAAGGCGCGUGUGGCUCUUGCAACGGUGGUCGUCAAUACAUCGGGGCAAGAUGUCGAGCCUUUACCCGACUCUGGAGGAUAUGAAAGUGGAUCACAUGAUCCAGGCGCAGACGAGGCCCCUGGAAUCGUCUGCUCCGGCAGCUCCAGUGGCAUCCGCUCCCCUUCCUUACGGACUGUACCCGUCAGCGCCAGCUGCCCCGGACAGAUUUGAGACCCUUUACCCUGCUCUAGAUGACUACAUGGGCCUUUCCCUGUCUCGGGACGUCCCGCCCGAGAUCACUGCCCUGGCAACCAUUUCCCAGCAGAACCAAGUUGCCGUGCCACAGCCUGCAGGAAGCGGCAGCUUCCUCUCAAACAUGGUUGCGCCGAUUUCGGGUUCAUCUCUUGGCCUGAAGAGGGCGCAUGUUAGCCACGGCAUUCGGGAGGUCAUCCUCUGCAAGGACAAGAAGGGCAAGGUUGGACUGCGCGUGCAAGCCAUCAACCAGGGCAUCUUUGUCGUACUUGUCCAAGCGAACAGCCCGGCAGCCAUGGCAGGCCUUCGCUUUGGCGAUCAGUUGCUGACCAUCAACGAGGAAGUGCUCGCUGGCUAUUCGGUCGACAAGGUGCACACGCUCAUUGUCAAGGCCAACCCGGAUCGCAUCGUCAUGGCCGUCCGGGACAGGCCGUUUGAGCGCACCGUAACAAUGCACAAGUCGAGCACUGGCCACGUUGGAUUUGCAUUCCGAGACGGCCGCAUCAUCUCCCUCGUCAAGGACUCGUCAGCAACGCGGAACGGCCUUCUGGUCGACCACCAACUGCUGGAGGUGAAUGGACAAAAUGUGGUGGGGAUCAAGGACCCGGAAAUAACAAAGAUUAUCGAGAGUGCAGGGGACGUCAUCACAGUCACAGUAAUCCCAUCGUUUGUCUACGACCACAUGAUCAAACACACGUCUGGAGGCAUGUUGAAGAAGCUUAUGGACCACUCCAUUCCGGACAUAUAAGCAGGCUUAUGCACCAGCGAGCCCAUCCACUGCAGUCCACCUUUGCGUCCAGACCAGUCGUGCCAGGAUCGGACGGCAUCCAACUGUGUUCGGAUUUAGCCGCAGACUGGCACCGCUUCGGCAGUUUUUGAUGAGACGUCUGUCGUUACCCUCUUACGCCAUGUAUAUCACGUUGUACUUUUUUUUUUAUGCCUUUAUUUUGCUAAGUAUGUUUUAUGGCUUGCCAGAACGUGCAUGUUUUUAAGUCUGUCAACCACGAGCAAAAAGUCUGAAGAGCCACAAACUUUGCUUGCCAAAGAGCCUAUGAAGAAAGCAAAUGAACGGGGCACUACACCUUCUGCGUAAGAACUAGGCAUUAGCCAUGUAUAAUGACCAACCCGUUUACUUUUUCUCCGGCGUGUAAAUUUUUAUGUUCUGAAGUAAUACAACAGAUGGAAAGACAGAAACUGAUUUUUUUUCAGGGAGCUGGGGCAAGCAUUGCUCAGCUGUAUUUUCUUAGUUCGAUAGCAAGUCAUGGUUAUUGGAUGUAAUCAUGUUUGCAUUAGUUCUUUUUUCUUACAAGCAAACUUGAAUCAUGUACUGUGGCUGCAACGAAUCAAGGGUUCACAGCUUAAGUGACUUGUAGUCUGAAUGAAUUGAUAUGUCUUGUGUAGGAAAUUUUUUUGCAUGCGUAAAGGUACCCAUGGAGUUAUACGUAGUACUAUAAUUUUGUCUGCAUUCUGCAGUUCACAAAGAGAGGGGUGCAUUGUAUUUAUUAUCUAUGUUUAUCUGUUUGUUUUAUUUGCACAUACUUUGUAUGGAGAUAGGAGUAAGCAUUGGGCUGUGAAUGAUUGCUGAUGUUAAUCGUGCUGCCUUGGGACGGUUGACCUGUUUCAAGUAUUGUAUGUUCCAGGCACUGAUCAUGCUUGAAAUUAGACAUCACCCAACGAUGUGAAUGUGAUGUGAUAUCCUGUCUCUUAUACUUAACCCUUUGACUGCAAAGCCUUUUUAUUAUUUCGUUUUUUUUAACCAUUCCUCGAUCCCUGCCAUGCAUGUUCAGUGGACAUUUCGUGCUAUAUAGAGGCCGGUUCUUAAGGCUCAUUCGCCCUGGCAUUCGACAGCAGUCACAUGACCGAUUGUGACUGGUGAACAAGCAGCAACGUGAGGUGACUGAUAUUCAUACCAGCUAGCGCAACCUGCCCUUCACCACACUGGAACGUCUCGCAACUGGUGCAGUUCACGUCUGCUCGGACCGAUGGUGGCGUGUCAAGCGAGCAGACGUCCGGUUUCAGCACAUCUGAUUGGUUCACAAGCUUUGUGACUGCAGUCGCACUGCCAGAACAAAUGGAGCAGUGAGCGAAUGGCCUUUUUUUUGACCAAAGCCGACCAACGUGGUUGUGCAACCAUUGAAAGUCGCUUUUGCAAAUGAGCCUUUAGUCAUCGUUUUCCUGCAACUCAGACUCCGUUGGCAAUUUAUAAAUCUUAUCGCCUCUCAAUGUAUGGACUUGCACGCCAUCACUGAUUUACUGUGGCUAUGCUACUAAGACAUAGUGCUGAGACAUUUUCCUCAGCUGCAGUUUUAAACUUAACUUGCGAGUUUUAUGUGAUAGGUGGUGCAGUCAACGGGCAGCUGCCUUGGAGGAGUGGGGGCGGCCACAGGGGUUGUGUGAGAGCGAGUCUAACUUGGGAUUGCCGAGGGUUUAUGAUGUGAUGUCGCACUGCUUAUUGCAUCCUUUUUUAUUUGAACCUCCGCGUACUCAAGUCGUCCCGGGUGGUGCAAAGUCAGUGGUUGUGAUAGCGUCACCCUUGACAAUUUAUGAACAGAGCCACGCAUGUUGUUCGCAUGCGUAGCAUUCAGUUGAGUGCAAUGUAUGCUUCUUUUUAAACUAUAAAGAUACUUAAAC